AAACCACACUCGUAAAUAAAUGUUAGAGGCUGGAAUCCGAGGAUAAAGGAUUAAACAUUUUUUUUUCAUUACCGCAACGUAGUUUGCAUGUUGCACCGGUUAAAAUAAUAUGUUUAUUUACUUAUAUUAAAGUAUCAAUUAUAUAAUUCAGGAUGAAUUGUAUUUUAAAAUCGAUUUCAUUGCAAUGUACGCCUUUUCCUUUACGUUACAAUAGUUCAUUGAAAAAGAAUGGUAAACCCCUGCGAAAUUAUUUAAAACGUAAUUCUAAGUUUUUGGAUUCAUUGCGGAUUCACGUUAAAGGAGGUACAGGCGGAUUUGGUUACCCUAAGUAUGGUGGUUUGGGCGGCAAAGGAGGUGAUAUUUGUUUAGUCGCUACUGGAGGUAUGACACUAAUCGAAUUUUUAACUAAAUACCCGCAUAAGCAAUUGCGAGCUGAAACGGGUGGUAACAGUCAUUCCAGACGAAUACUAGGUUUGGUUGGCGAGGACAAAAAAGUCAAUGUACCAACUGGCAUUACUGUGUAUGAUGAUAAAAAUAAUUUAAUUGGUGACUUGAAUGAAGACGAGUCAGAGUUGAUUGUGGCUAAAGGUGGACAAGGUGGUUGUAAAACAAAUGGCUACUGUGGUCAAAAAGGAGAAAGUCGAUCUAUCAAACUAGAAUUAAAACUAAUAGCCGAUAUUGGGCUUGUUGGUUUCCCCAACGCCGGCAAAUCCACUUUGCUAAAUGCCAUUUCUAAUGCCAAACCAAAAAUUGCUUCCUACCCAUUUACAACUCUUAGACCAAACAUAGGUAUUAUGUCUUAUAAAGAUCUACGGCAGAUAUCUAUGGCUGAUUUACCAGGACUUAUUGAAGGUGCUCAUUGUAACAUCGGGAUGGGUCACAAAUUUUUAAGGCAUGUCGAACGAACCAAAUUACUACUGUUAGUUGUGGAUAUUGAUGGAUUUCAAUUAAAUCCCCUUAAAAAGUUUCGAUCUUGCUUAGAUACUGUAGUUUUACUUAACAAGGAACUUGAAUUAUAUAAAGAACAGCUUUUGGAUAAACCUGCCCUGUUACUUGUUAAUAAAAUGGAUACUGAAGGUGCUAAGGAUAAAUAUUUAGAAAUUAAAGAGAACUUAGAAAAUUUAGAAGAUGCAAUUUCUUCAUAUCCCGAUGAAAUUAGACCAAAAAAAGCAAUCAAGUUUGAUAAAAUCUUACCAAUUUCUGCCAAAAAUGAACCUCAAGAUAUUGAAUAUGUUAAAACAAUUAUUCGUGAAGUUUUAGAUGUUAAUGCGGAGUUAAAUAGUGAGUCUAUAGAUAAUAGGUCAAUAAAUGACCUUAAAGAACAGUUAAGAGAACGAGGGCCUGUGUUAGUGUAAAUUGUUAAGAUUGUUAAAAUAAUUAUGUUUAUGUAAAUAAUACAAUUUAUAA